UUUUUUUUUUUUUUUUAUUUAUUUAUUAUUAUUAUUAUUCUAAAAACGAAUUACACUGUAAUUUCUAGGAGCAAUAUUACAUGUGUUUUUUUUUUUUUUCAGACUAAAAAGAAAAGCAUUUUUAGGAUUGAUGGAGAUAUAGAGAAGUUAAUUUCUUAAAGGGGCGAAAAUAAAAAAUAAGAAUAAGGUCAAAUCAGCAGGCAAUCAGACAUCCUUUCCUUGCCAUUCAUCCGUAUAUCCGUAAAAUACGCACGUCACACCUCCUGCUUCACCCCUUCUUCUUCUUUUCUUCUUCUUCUUCCUUCUUUCACUACAAAUGGCUUUGAACCCAAAUUCAGGUUUCAUAAUCGACGAUGAUCUUCUCAACUUCUCUUUCGACGAUGAUAGCAGACCUCCGUCUUCUUCCAUGGAUUUUUCAUAUGCUAACAGUCAAAACUCCGACGAUUACAGCCGUUCGUUACCAGUAUUUGCAGAGGAAGAACUGGAAUGGCUAUCAAACAAAGAUGCAUUUCCUGCCGUAGAUACAUGCUUUGACACCAUCUCCGUUGAUCAUCAAAUCCCUGUAUCGGUUCUUGAAAACAGUAGUAGUAGCGGUAGCCAUAGCGUCAGUCUUCAUGUUCCGGUUCGUAAGCGCUCCAAUCGUCGGCGCCGAGGUCGGGAAUGCUGGUGGUGGAAUCAAGUAAUACAGCCGCCAUUCUCGAUGACCAAACUACCGGCGACCGACGGUGGUUCUGGUGGACUUGGUAGGAGGUGCCAACAUUGCUUUGCUGAUAAAACCCCACAAUGGCGGGCGGGUCCGAUGGGGCCAAAGACUCUGUGCAAUGCAUGUGGUGUCCGGUAUAAGUCAGGGCGGCUGGUGGCGGAGUACCGGCCGGCCAGCAGUCCAACUUUCUCAACUGGGCUGCAUUCCAAUUCUCACAGGAAGAUUAUGGAGAUGAGAAAGAAGAUGCAGGCUGGGUAGUUGAUAAGCUUUUUGGUGUUUGUUAGAAAUAGUUAGAUCAGGGUCACGAUGUUACUGAAUUUGUGUGUUCUUUUAGAAAUUCUAAUGAUUUUUCAAAUUACUUGAAUCAUUGAAUCAGAAAAUUGGUUGUAUGCAAUCAAAACGGAAAAUGAGUUUGGUAACCAAUUUUAUAUUUUUCUAAUCAAAUUUGUUACCUAUUUUAGACAAAUUAUUAGUAAAUUUUUAAAUUUGGUUUCAAUUUAUU